AUUCCCGGAGUGUGAACAGUCGAUGAAUCCAGUGUGAAGAUGGGAGGGCUGGCAGUGACUGUAACUCAUCGUGUCAUGACUUGAAUAUGCGGAGCUGCCGUCUCCCUCUCGGUUAAAUAGGAACAGAGGAGCGUCUGUUGACAGGGGCAGGACUCUGGAAAAUAUGGUGGGAGUUGCAGAAUUUUAAGGGGGUAACGGGAUAGAAGUGAUGCAGGGACCAAUAAGGAGUGCUUUAAGUCAGCUGAAACGCUCCUAAACCUGCUGAAGUUGUUGUUGAUGAUGGUGUUUUGACGUAUUGGUAGCGAGACUGAUGACAGUUGACAGCCGCGGGAAACUUCAAGGGCGAUCUAGUGCCAGGGAUUUCAGAGCCAUGCAGGCCGCUGCAGGGAUGGAUGGUAAUGGGCACAGUCGACCGCCUGACCGAAGGAGAUCAUCGAAAAGCAAAGCACCUCCUCCUCCUCCUGUCCAGAAAGGGCUGGAUGCUCCACUGCUGAGCCACAAGCUCCCAGCAUACCCUCACCCUGCCAUGGACCAGAAGGAAAACCUGCUGGAGCAGGAUUUAACGCUCCCCGUGGUCCUUCCUGGAGGAGUGGAGAAGACCAUCGUUGUCCAUGGCAGCAAGCCCAUGAUGGACCUGCUGGUCAUGCUUUGUGCAAAGUACCACCUGAACCCCUCAGGCCACACCAUAGAGCUCGUCACCACCAACAGGAACCACGUGAAGUUCAAACCCAACGCCCUUAUCGGAGCCCUGGAGGCUGAGAAGAUCCUGCUAAAACCGAAAGGCAUGGAAGACAGAAGCAAAAAGACAGGACCACAUAUGCCUGAGGCAACCGUACGAUUAGUGAUAAACUACAAGAAAACCCAGAAAACCAUUCUCAGGGUGAGUCCUCAGGUUUCUCUACGAGAACUGCUCCCGGCUAUCUGUGAGAAAUGUGAAUUUGACCCGGAGACCACGGUUUUACUACGAAACGUCCACUCGGAAGACACUUUGGACCUGAGCAGCUCCCUCAAUGACUUUGGCCUGAGGGAAGUGUAUGCAAGAGACACCAAAGUUAUUAGCCCUGCAAGUCCUAUAAGUCUGCCUCCGUCUCCUACUCACUCAGAAGUAUUUUAUCAUGGGAAAGAGAAAAUCCAGAGGGAGAAAGAAAAUAGGCGUGGAUUCAGCUUAUUUCGGAAAGGAAGUAAGAAGCAAUCUGAACAGUCUAUGACCGUGAGCGCACCGGCAUCUCCAGUGCACAGGAAACAGAGGCCGGUCAGCAUGAGUUCCUUCAGCACGCAUUCGCCGAUUACAUACGAUUCUAAUACCAUGCCCUCCGACACGCCAAAGAAAAGACGAGCCCCGUUGCCACCUAGCAUGAUGUCGCAGAGCAUGCCUAGUGACCUCAGUCAAAACCACGGGACUGUGCAUCCUGAUGGUAACCAGAAUAUGGCCCCUCUGAGCCGGGGAUCAUCGACAGAGUCGUCCUUCAAGAAGUCCACCAAGCGGAAGGCCCCCCCGCCCCCCAUCCCGAGCAGCACAGCCUCUCCUGAUGAGACGACGCAGGACAGAGGCGUUACAGAACCAGUGUUGGAGUCUCCUCUGGAGGAGAUCAAGGAACAGGAAGAAGUGAAUGUGACAGGCACCGUGGAGGAGGAGCACCUGGAGGACGACAGCAGCCUCAACCUGUCAGCAGACAUCUCUCUGGACUCAGGCCGAGCUGGGACAGCGUCUCCUUCUCAGGAUUCGGAGAUUCUGGACAGUGGGACGGCCAGAGACAAUCCAUCAUGUGACCUGUCCACAGAUGCAGAAGUAGCUGAAGGCACAGUGAAUAGAGAGAUGAAGUCGGAGCAGGCAGCAAGCUCUCAUAUCUUGCCAGAAGAGAAAGAGCCCCUGGUGGAAAAGACAGAAGAGGCGAUCCAGCCAUCUGAAAGUGUCCCUGUUCUGGAAGAGGUUUCUGUGAGCACCACUGAGAAGCCUGCAUCUUUGAUCAACACGCUUCAAACAUCCGAAUGCGGCAUCCAGACUUUCUUUGAUCCCGAUACGGUCGUGGCUUCCCCUGAGCCCAGCCGUUCAUCUCGCUCUGAGGACCAGAUCCCUGAAACUAUCCCUAAUACAGUCAUCUCCACUCACACCCAGACACAAAUGCAGGCAGAACCCCAGAAACCCUCUAAAGAGCCAUCGAGCUUAUGCACUGAGCCCGCAACGGCCCCGUCCACGUCCCCAGCGGGACUAAAGAGAGACAUAGCCACCUCCACAGAAGAGCUGCACGUCCCUGAACCACAAUCACCUGCGAUCCAACCAUCGAAGGACUUGACAUCUACAGCAGCCUCUAAAGCAGGAAGCGUACAGUAUAUUGUAGAUGCCGAACCCAAACCCAAACCGUCUAAUGAGCUCACCCGUGAAUACAUCCCCAAAGUGGGCAUGACCACCUACACCAUCGUGCCUCAGAAGUCUCUAGAAAAGCUCCGUUUCUUUGAGGUCGAGUUGACUCUGGAGCCUAAUGUGGACUGCAAAAGCGAAGCAAAGUCUGUCUCUAAUGGCACAGUUGCUCUUAAUGGCCAUCAGGACGUCUUUGCGCAAACUAGUCCUUGUAUGUCACCUCCAGCGACCGCUUCGUCCCCUGUAGAAGAAGGAACCGAAUCCAUUGUCAAAGACAAGAAAGUUCCACCCGCAACAAGACCCAAACCAGCAUCUUUCCGCCUGCCGCAGCACAAGCGAACCCCCGGGGAUUACGUAUCCUCUGCGGUCGUACGGCGAGCGAGCGUCGGCAGUAGCAGCAGCAGCAGUAGCAGCUGUAGCAGUCCUGCAACCCGUCCAAAAGAAGCCAUAAGCAGCCCGAAGUCAGAAACAUUUCCUCCGCUGGACAACUUCCCUCCUCCACCACCACCAGUCCAAUGGGAAGAUGAGGAAAAUGCAAGAGCGAGUGAUAAACCUCUACCUCAGAAUGCAGAGGUAGACGGACCGCGGCCUGAAUCUUCUAGAUUUCCACCGUUGUCCUUUCUGCCCCAUCAGAAGAGUCUUCCCACGAACCCCACGCCUUCACUGAGUUUGGAGAAGUUGAGAAGCUUUGCAGCGCCCAAACCGUACUCGCCCUCAACACCCUCUCGCUUCGCUCAGGCCGUGUCCUCUGCCGUGAAGAGGUCCCAGUCUCUUUCCCAUCAUCCCCUGGGGCAGUCACCACGCACACAGCCUCUCACAGCACAGACAUCCAUUACAGAAUCGCCAGAGUCGCCGACAAACACUGUGACAGACAAUGGCGAAGGAUGCACAGAGCGAUCCAGAGAGGCCCCAUCACAAACAGCAGGCCGUGGAGACCCAGAGCCGAGCUCCGCCCGAGACGGAGGCAUGGGAACAUGUAAGAUUGGAAAUACUCAACCGUCACCAGGGUCUGAAGCAUCUUUAGCUCCGUCUCCCAUGUUGAUGGGAAUAUCGGAAGUCUUUUAUUCAGCGGAAGAAUGAAGCAUUCCCACAUGCUUCAUGAGCGUCACUCAUUCUCAGACAUUCUGCAGGUCAUGAGAAUCAUCUUGUCUUCAGAAUUAUAAUUUUUUUUUAAUUAGAAAUCAUGAUUUUUAGGUGUCUCACAAAUCAGAAGACUUUCAGGACAUUUUAUCUGGACCUGGUCAGAACUGUGUAGAGCGCAGUCUUCACCUCUACAGUGCUUAUCAUUCAAUUUUUUUCUUUCCCUUUUUUUUUUUCUUCACACAGCAGUUUUUAUAUAUAUAUAUAUAUAUAUAUAUAUAU